AUGUCUUUGCAACGUUUCAAUUUUCCGUUGGCCAAACUUGGCGACGAGGACAGUGAUUUCAAAUGUUGGGCAUACGUCACCAAGGACAAUAAUAUUUAUUGUAAACUAAAGGAGUUUGCAUUGCUCUUGGGCUAUGAGAAUGUUAAAAAAGCUUAUAGAAUUGUUCCAGAUGAAUGGAAAUGUUCAUGGAAGAAGUUGGACACGAUCACGGCCCAUCUUGAAACGCCACCAAACUGGCACCCAGAGACGCUUUUUGUAUCAAAACCCGGUAUCUACGCUCUCUUCUUCGUUUUCGAAGAAGUGCUGCCCACUAUCAGAAAAACGGGCGCGUAUGUUUCUUUGCAAAUCGGCCAAAACCAAAUUUCCGAGUUGCUUUCUCUGAUAAUAGAUAAAGACAAACAAAUGGCUAAAUUAAUUGAAAAAAUCAUCGACGUCCGGCCUAAGUUGGCGGUGAUGACUGAACGCGACGAAACUAAGCACCAUCUCCACGUAUACAAGAGGGACGACUGCUAUAAGUCUCAAGUGGAUACCCCCCCGGCUACGAGCUUGUCCUCCAACGGACAAAUAUUCCAAAUGGAGUCAAUGUUCUUAAUCGCACCAAGGAAUUGCUCCUCCGUGACUCGUACAAAUCUCGUUAUAACAAUAUUCGAACCAACAUAG